AUGGUCGGCUCAAUUCCAAACGAUAUAUUCCAAUUCUCAACUUAUGCCGCUCUCAACGCCGGCUUCAACCAAGGUCAGCCACGUACGGCCGAUCUUACAUCUCACGGAACGCAUGGCAUCGGUGUAUACGAAGAUGGGAGUCUCAUGAUCCUGAAUGAUCGACAAGCGUACGCUCUCACAAAAGACGGCAAGGCAAAAUCAGCUCCCAUGGAAGCACGUCUUCCACUCGCUCUCGUCACAGUCUACCAUCCAUCAUUUCGCCUAAAGAUCCCAUCAAUAUCGCUGGAAGGCCUCGACGAACUCGUCUCCUCCAACGAUGUCGGCCCAGCCAAAGGAGUCAAUACUCUCAUGCCCUUCAAGAUUGCUGGUCACUUUGAAUCUAUAGACUUCGAAGAUGGCCCCAAUCGUAGCGAAAUUGAUGGGACCAUAUUCGGAUUCGUCGUGCCCGGUUGGAUGAGGGCAAUCAGUGGGCCCCGCAUACACGCACAUUUCCUCGAUGCAAAUGAAGAGGUUGGAGGCAAAGUCACGGAUUUCAAAAUGGCCGAAGAGGCGGUGUUGAGUUUUGCCAAAUGCGGGAGGUUUCAUUUGGGGUUUCCGCAAGGCGGCGAAUGGGAAGAGAUGAAGUUGUGA